GUGAGGAGGAGGACAACAGUUACAUGGACAGCAAUGAAAUUGGUUCACGCACCAAGUUCCCUGAAAGCUGGCUGUGGUCUGAUAUCAAAUUGCCUACUUGCCCUCGACAGUCACCCAACUGUGACACCACAUCAUUUACGAAAAACGUUCCUUUGCAAGACUCAAUCACAACCUGGCAGUUCACUGGCAUCAGUCUGUCACCGACUAAUGGAAUCUGUGUCGGCCAGACGUUAGAAGUAAUUGUCCACAAGGAAUUCUUCAUCGAUCUCAAGCUGCCGUACUCUGCCGUCCGUGGAGAGCAGCUCGAAGUGAAGGCAAUCCUCCACAACUACAGCCCAGAUCCUAUCACCGUGCGUGUGGAUCUGAUUGAGAAGGAGCACGUGUGCAGUUCAGCUUCUAAACGUGGAAAGUAUCGUCAGGAAGUCAACGUUGGGCCCCUGACUACCAGAUCUGUACCCUUCAUCAUUAUUCCCAUGAAAGAUGGACACUACCCCGUUGAGGUCAAAGCAGCUGUUAAA